ACUUGCUCGACGAGCACUUGGUAAACAGCUUCUGCGUAUUUGUUGUUCUGCUCAAAAUGGUCAAGGCAGUCAAGCCCAUCGAUAUUACAGCGACGCUAAGAUGCAAAGUAGCAGUAGUUGGAGAGGCGACCGUUGGGAAGACCUCGCUCAUUUCCAUGUUCACGAGCAAAGGGAGCAAGUUUCCUAAGGCGUACACGAUGACCAGCGGAGUGGACGUCACCGUCGCGCCAGUAAACAUCCCGGACACCACUACCCUGGUAGAGCUCUACCUGCUCGAUACCGCGGGGAACGAGCUAUACAAGGAUCAGAUAUCACAGUACUGGAACGGCGUGUACUACGCCAUCCUUGUCUUCGACGUGUCUUCCAUGGAGUCCUUCGAGGCAUGCAAGGCUUGGCUCGAGCUCUUGAAGUCUGCACGACCUGACCGCGAACGGCCGCUGCGUGCCGUCAUGGUGGCCAACAAGGUGGACCUGCCGCCGCAGCGGCAACAAGUCCGGAUCGACAUGGCGCAGGAGUGGGCCACGGCCAACGGGCUAGACUUCUUCGACGUCUCGUCGGCGCCGCCCGGCAAGGACAUUGAGGCACCAUUCGUGUCCAUCGCAACGACCUUUUACCGGAACUACGAGGAAAAGGUGACGGCCUUCCAGGAUGCCUGCCGCAACUACUAGAUUGGCGGAGCCUGCUAGCAUGGUUGGCCGGGUUACGCCAGCGAGCGCGCUGGGCACAGAAGCAGUGACCGGCUUGUGGGGGGAGACAAUUAAUAGGGAGUUUGUUACAUGGGGAAAGGGGACCGCAGGUUUGCCAUGGGGCGUUUGCAUGCGUACCCAAAUACACGUUGGAUGCAUAUAAAUAGGCCAUGUAUGGCCGUCGUACAUACCGGUAGGGUUAGGGACUUCGGGUACACACUGCGAACUCAUAGGAGACGACACGUAUGGGUUGAACCAGGCCCGUUUACAAAAAGAUCACCGCUAGUGUGACGAAUGCAGGUAUGUGUCAAGGCGUAUAAUAUAUAUGCGCUAUGGCGUUUCGUGCUCUUGGGCACGGGUGUUGCCUUGGCAACUUUCCAAACAGACUAUG